UCUUGCCUUCCUCGAUUCACGGCUGGUUGCUCCACCGACCGCGGCGAGGUCUGCGCGAGCGCGAGGGAGCAAUGCGGGACCGCGCGACGAGCAGUGCCGCGGGGGCCGGGGGUGGCGGCGGCGGCGGCGGCGCGGGAGGGCGGGACCCGGACGACGCCUGGCGGGAGGAGCACGCCGUCGCCUGGGGCCAGAGCACCGUGGAGAGGGCCGCGCUCCGGUCGCAGUACGCCGCCGUCAGGGGCACGAUACGUGAGCUGAAGGAUGACCCUGCUCUCGGCAAGUUCGACGCCGCCGUGGACAGGAUUGAAAUGCUUCAUGAUAAAGUGCAAAGGCCAUUGGAGCAGCUUGCAGAUGGUGAGGCGUUGCUGGACCUUGCUGAUGUUCUGGUGUCAUCUACCAAGGCAGAAAAUAGAGAUGGACCGACCCCAUCUGAAUUUGUCACAGCCCUGCUCAGGAAAUUUGGUGUUACAGACACACCGCUUGACAGUUCUAAUGAAUCGUUUUCCUGGUCGAGUCUUGGUGGUGCGGUAUCAGCAUUGUUCAUGACAGCUACCGGGUGCCAAACCAUGAACGGCCCUAUGGAUCUUGCAAUCAAGGAACGUAGGUGUGUUGUUAGAAAACAAUCUGAGAGCUUAGGCAGUAGACCUGCAGAGCCUGAUGAGUUGCCACCAGACCAAGAUGAAAGGAAUGACACCGACGAGAACUUGGCUGUCAUGUUCCGCCUCCUAAUACGUCACAAAAGUGUAAAGCUCGAACAUCUCAUUUUGAACUGGCGGUCCUUUGCACAGACCGUUGAAAACAUAUUUGCACUCUCAUUUCUGGUGAAGGAUGGAAGAGCAGAGAUUAAUGUGGUUGACAAUGGGGACCAUUUUGUUGCUCCAAGGAAUGCUCCUACAGCUGGAUUGAUAGCCUCCAGGAAAGUGACCAACAACCAAUUCGUGUUCCGGUUUGAUACCAAGGACUGGGAGAUAAUGAAAUACAUGGUGAAGCCAGGGGAGCAACUAAUGCCUCACAGAAGUAGCUAUUGUGGAGGCGAAUACAAGAACACACAAUCUUAUCCUGGUCGUUCUAAGCUGGGUUCUGAUUCUGAGCACCUGAAACAAGACGAGUUUGCAAAAGAAGAAGCAAUGAAGGAGAACUUGGCUGAUCGCUGCUCUGGAGAUGACACUCUGAAGAAGAGGAAGAGGCAGCAUGUCGCUCGGAGAUUGUUUUCUGCAGAUGACUAGGAAGUAAGAGCAACCGAGCAAGACGAAACAUGCUCGUUGACAUAGCAAUUUAACACCCUUUUGACGAAACUGGAUGCAAAGCAGUUGUAAGCAUGAUCAGGCAGCUUUUCUUUCCCCUUUUGAUCCUGCUAGGAGGGUAUGAUGCUUUAGGGUUCAGACAAAAAAUGUAAAUUAUUUGCUGUAUAUAGUGCUAAUGUAAGGGCAUGAUUAUAUAUAAGCCUUGAUCCAUCGCUCUCUAAUUUUACGUGAAUGAACAAAAGUGGCAAUGCUCUGAUAUAAUAUUUAGC